GAAUAAAAAAGAGGACUUCGGGUUUUAGGUUGAGACUCCUUCAUUUUCGAACAAAAGCAAGCAGUCCCUUACUCUUCCUCUCACUCACGACUGCCUGCUCCUCCACCCAAGCCCAGCCGCAGCUCCUCCCUGCUCCACCAGCACCGGAAGCCGCUCCACCCACGCUCAAAGCAGCAGCCCUGCAACUCACUCGCCCAAAACAGCUGCUGCUGCUGUAUUUUCGUGCACCCCCACCAGCAGCUACGGCUGCCUGCACCGCCACCAAGGCCCACUGCAAUGCCUUGUCCCUCCUGUGCCACCACCACUACAUUAAACACUUGUCUUCUCACCCCUCUUUUCUUAUUUCCCCAUUGUUUUCUGCAAAAGAGAUGGCGAAGAACUCCUCACAUUCAAAGAUUAUGACUGAUCUUACUUGUCCACACUGCGCUGGUCCUCUUUCAAAAGAGAUGGAAACUAGUCGUUGGACUGUGCCACCGCUAAUUAGAGACAGCUUUUCUAUGAUUGGUUCCGCUGUUGGUGGUACAACAAGUGCAUUCUACGCAUUUAAUUAUGUAAUGCCAACUGUUCGUAAGUGGGUGAAAGGGCCGAUGUGGUUACAUUUCCUUAUAGGAGCACCGCCAGUCAUAGUUUUCUCAUCUGCUUGUGCUGGAUUGGCAGGAGGUGCAGUUCCAGCUGUAGCUCAACUUGCAUCUUCAUCCUAUCAUGCUGCCACGUUAUCUCCAUCACAUCCUUCUCAGGACGAGAAGACACCCAAAUCGAGGACUUCCACAACGUUGUAGUAUACGCAGGAUUGCGGGAAGGAUGAAAAAGCUUCUAGCAUGAGUUGGGCGUCAAACACAUUCAGCAGGGUCGGGAAUUUUCUUUGAGCUGACCAUCUCUAAAGACGAUGCUCAUUUUUUGUCAGGUUUGUUAUUGUACUUUGUAGUAAUCAUGAGCCACCUUCUUACAUUUUGUGUAUGCAUAUUUCAAAGCUUGAGGAAGAAAGACACCCAGAAUCUCUAAAUCUUUUGGCUCGUUACUAAAUCAAGCGAGGGAAUUUUCGUAGCUUUUUAGUUGAUCCAAAACCCAAAGUUUUUGAGUGCCGGAAAUUCCAAGAAGGCCUUCGGUUCUACUAACGAAUGUUUUGGGAUUAUAUGGUUUUUUCGUUGUGCUAUAGAAGUGAUAUCGAAACAAAUAUUGUAUAUACUUGUUUUGAAAGGUGCUUGUCAAAAGUUAUUAAAUUCAGUGAUCAAUAUGAUUCAGAUUAAUCUCAGAAGUUCUUCAUAGUACAAUCACAAUUGGUCGAGUAGGGCUUUUAGUUUAGCUUGAUGCCUUACGAUGGUAACAGGAGUAUUUUCAGUAUGGCAAAUUAAAUCAUGCAUAUCUUAUUUAUAUAAAAUUAUAGGAAAAGUCAAUAAAAAACGUCAAGUGUUAUCACUAUCCGACCCUCAAAUCUCUUCUAAGUAGUAGCCAGAUGGGAGGGUGGGAGCCUCUUAAUGACUACUAGAUAAAAACCCGAUUUUUAAACUCGACUUACGAUUGUUUGCAUAAAAAUAUUAUUUUAAUGGUUACUAGAUGAAUUGUUGAUGAGUAUUAUUGUUGAUGAGUAUCAUCAAUGUUUACUUCACUCAAGUCCCUCUCAUGUUGGUUGUUCAAGAGAUUUUACUGAUAUUUUUCUUUUAUGAAUAUUCAAUGAUACUGAGAGGUAAGGAAUGAACAACUUGUCAAUUUGUAUUCUAAUCUUUUUCUCUUAAAUUGUGAUUAUGAAAUUUUGUAAAAAUGUGUUUGAUUAAAUUAAAGAGAGUAGUUUCUAAUUGGGGGUGUUAAUUAAUUAAUUUGUGUUUACCAGAAAGUAAUACUGAUACUUAUGCUAAAUAUAUAUAUUAAUUGACAAAAUUAACUCUACAUAUAUAGAAGUAUAAUGGAAAAAAUAGAUAAAGCAAUUACUUGGGGGAAUUUAUGCUUGUUAGGAUGUAGUCUCAUUAAUACCGAGCUAUAUAGCUCAAUAAACACAAAUCAAAAAAUGGUGAACUAAUUCUCUAUUGAGGUCGUCUCAUCGUGACACGACCUUAGUUGGAUCAGCUCAAAUUAUUAAAAAAAUUGCUUCUUGUACAAGUGGAUAUUUAAUUUUCAUUGUUUUUUUUACUAAUGGGUCUUUCGUAUGAACAUAUCUCAUGGUGAAACGAUCUCAUACAAGACAGACUGAAGAACCAUGAGCUUCUUGUUAUAAGGCUGUCUUAUUAAGAGACUGCCUCUCACAAAAGUAACUAAUAAUAAUGAAGUUGUCUCAACAUACAUGCAAAGUUGAGUGUUCAGUGCAACACCUAUAGUUAGAUUUGACAUUAUCAGUUAGAGGUUUGAAAUGGUAGGGUGAUUUUAUUUAUUACAUACAAAAAAUAAAUUAAUUUAUAAAAAAUUUAAUUAGUGUUUUAGAUAAUUUAUGUGUAAGUUUGAAAAUCAAUAUCCAAAUUGUUAUAUACCUUGUCAUCAAUGUCAAAUUGAGAAGAAAUAGGAAAAGAAAGGUUGAAAAUUCACAAUAUUUUUGGUGAUGGUCAAUUUAUUUAGGCCUUGUCUUUAAUUUUGUGGUUAUUUUGGCAAAUCAUCUAAUGGUAUUGUCCCUAUCAUGAUCAAUAUUUUUGUCACUCUUGAUAUAAACUAAAUACAAUCGUUUUUAAAGAAUUAUCUUUAUUGUUCCUUUUUAGUCGGUUAAAGUGAAUUUUUCGUUUUUUAUUUUUAGCUAUGAUAUAUCUACAAACUCUAAUUCUGAUUGAUUUACGCAUUAAAAUAUAUUAUCUUAUCACUUUUAUUCACUUAUCUUAAUUUUCACCAAAUUUAUUCUUAAACUACUUUUUUGAGACGACGAG